CAGCAUGAACGUCAUUGAAAUGGAAUUUUCUACUUAUUACGAACACUUGGAUAAAGAUGAUAAGAUUAAGUAUAAAUCAAAACUGACUUUAACUAAUGGAUCAACAAUACCAGACCCAUAUGGAAUUAAAGAUGGUUGGUCAAACGAUGUCAAUCUACUUGUUGACAUAUCUUGGGCAGACAUCUACCACUAUCUUGUUAAUACACCUAGCGAGUAUACCCACGAAAACUUAAAGGCAUAUAGAUCAUUGGAAGCCUUUAAUUUUUUUGUAUGCAAUCAUGUCCAAGAAGUCUACAUUAAUGAUAUAUCUCCAGAUUCUGAGUUUUGCUGUAUAAAAACAAAAGUAAGUUGAGACUAGCUUGUGUGUUUAUGUGACUGUUUUGUGUGUUACAUGUUAGUAACUGCAAAUUAUAUAAUUUAAUUUUAGGUUCUACCAAGUCAAAGGCAAGGUCAGAAACAAACCCUUUAUGAUGUGUGGGUGUGCAUCAACAAAAAAAAAAUUGGAUAUUGACAGGAAAUUGUACGUGCAUGGCUGGUCUUGGCUCAGCAUGCAGUCAUUUAGCAGCAUUACUGUUUAAAUUGGAAGCAUGUGCACGGCUACAGUUAAACAAAAUUGCAGUAACCAGUGAACUUUGUCGAUGGAACCAAACACGUAAAUGUGCUGAACCAGAGUUAUUGAAAAAAAUAAACUUUAAGCGACCAAGAAGAGGAGACUUACCACAGGAAACGUCUAACAACAAAACGGUGGAACAAAAUUAUACUGUUGGAAACUUUCACAGUGCACAGUUUAAAAUUAAUCGAAACAAACUUCGCGAAUUACAAGAAGUAAUGCCUACGGCUUCAUUCUUCACCAGUGUCACAUUAGAUGAUGACUUUGAGACACAGUCCAUCAAUUCCCAAACAGACACGGCUGAUGAAAAUGAUAUUAAUUGCAUUCCAGAGCCACUAACCAGCUUAUACGAUGCUGAAAGCAUUAACUUUUCGCCCAAAAAACUAAAAAUUGCAUGUGACAGAAGUUUUCAACUUUACAAAGCUACAUAUGAUCAAAAAUCAUAUGAUAACAUGACAAAGGCUACAUCAAUGCAAAGUUUAAGUAGUGCUUGGAAAGUUCAUAGAGGAGGGAGAAUUACUGCAUCAAAUUUUCACGAGGUGUGUCACAAGAACUUAAAUGUGGUUGGAAAAAACUCGCUGUUGAAUAAACUUAUGAACUACACCACAAUAGCCAAUACCCCUGCAUUAAAUUAUGGACGGCAAUGUGAAAAUAAGGCGAGGACACAAUUUGAGGAAAUUUUUAAGAAAGAGCAUACAUGUGGCCUAUUACGCUUCACUGGGCUUCAUGUAAGGGCAGAUAUUCCCUUUCUUGGUGCAUCACCUGAUGCGUUAAUUAAUUGUACUUGUCAUGGUGAAGGUUUGUUAGAGAUUAAAUGUCCGUACAAGUAUCGAAAUGGCUUAUCAGGAUGGGAAAAUGAUAAAGACUUUCCGUUAAAUUCAGACAUGACAGUGAAGGAGAAACAUAAAUAUUAUUACCAAAUGCAGGGGCAAAUGUUGGUUUCAAACAGAGCAUUUUGUUAUUUCUUUAUUUGGACACCUCCGAAGACUGAUGAUAACUUUUUAAUGCUUAAAGUAGAAAAAGAUGAUAAUUUUUGUAAAAAUAUGCUGGAGAAACUAAAUCAUUAUUUUUUUACAGUACUUCUUUCAGAAGUUGUCACCAGGAAAAACGAUGUCUGUUUCGACAACAAGCAACAGCACUACUGUUCCUGCAAGCGCCCAUGCUUUGAACCGAUGAUUGCGUGCGACAACAAAGACUGUGCAACGGAAUGGUACCACUACGUCUGUGUCAAUAUCACGAGAGCUCCUAAAGGGGCAUGGCAUUGUCCUGAUUGUGUGCAAAAUAGGAAAGAGACAAAUUAAAAAGAUAUAUUAUUUUAUGAUCUUUUUAUUUAGUACUUUUGUAUAUAUUUAUAAGCUACAGUACUGUUUUGUAUAUAUUUAUAAGCUAAUACACUGUAAAAUCAAAUAAAGUGACUAUUUUUUUGUUACAACACUUGGAUUUAAAUUUACUAGUCCACAGACUGAUAUCAUUAUUUCAUCAGUCAAAUCCACCUGUGUUAUAGGGAUUAUGGAUGACAGGAUCUUAAAUUUCUUAAGUCUACCAAUUACUCGCUCAA